AUGUUUGGACUACGAACAUCAACAAAGACUUUUGUCGCAGCACGCUCUUCUUCCUUAAUCAAAAGUUCAAGUUAUCUUCUCAAGAGAUCAAAAUAUACAAUCCCAGAUCUUCCUUAUGACUAUAAUGCUCUUGAGCCAAUUAUUUCAGCUGAAAUAAUGGAAGUUCAUUAUACUAAACAUCAUCAAGCCUAUGUUAAUGGAUUGAACGCCGCAGAGGAAAAAUUUGAACAGGCUAUUAAAGAUCAAGAUGUCACUGCACAAGUUAGUUUACAAGCUGCAUUGAAAUUUAAUGGUGGAGGACAUAUUAAUCAUUCCUUGUUUUGGAAAAAUCUUGCACCAAUUAAGGAAGGUGGGGGAGAGCCACCUAAAGGUGCGCUUUUAAGUGCAAUUCAAAAAGAAUUUGGAACACUUGAAGAUUUUAUUAGCAAGUUCAAUGGUACAACUGCAGCGAUUCAAGGUUCAGGAUGGGGCUGGCUUGGUUAUAAUAAAGCAAACAAACGUCUUGACAUAUUGACACUUCCAAAUCAAGAUCCUUUAAUCAGUUAA